AUGGCAGAAAUGAAACGCAAGUUGUUCUGUGACCAGAGUAACCGCAGUAUGAAACUCCUGCCCAUGGCAGGGAGUGACGAUAAAGCAGGGCAGGAAAGCAAAAGCAGAACAGAACAGCCGCGCCGCCCGGUACCUGCGGACCACCGGAGUCCACCGGAGCCCGCCGCCGCCACCCUUCCUCCUCCGCGCCGAAGCACUUUUCCGUGCGUCCCGCGCGCCGCCGGUAGCUCAGCACUGCGCAGGCGCCACGCUGCCGAUUGGCCGCCGGCCGCUCCUCCUCUUUCUCCUCCCCCUCCUCCCGCCCCGCUGCCCGGCUUUCCUCUGUCCGGACAGCCGCCCGCCCGUCCGCUUGCGCCUGCCUUCUCCCGCCCGCCUCCUGUCCCGCCCCGGGGCGAAGCACCGCCCGUGAGGCGGCUCGCGGCGGCUGUGGGCCGGUCCUGUUCCCGCUGGCUGCGCAUAGAGUCCGCCGUUUGCGUGAUGAAAGGAUGUGAUCUAUCCCGUGCAAAAAGGGAACUGAGCACAGAAGCGAUGAAUGCUGCAUAAUUAAGUACAGUAUUUAAUUUGGCUGUUGUGAAGCAAAAGAAUAAGG